AUGUUGUUAAAAAAAUCUUUUUCAGCAAAUAAGAAAUCUAAAUCAUCGCCAAAAAUAUGUCCGAUUGUGCAAGAUGUAGUUCCACGUUCAAUAGCUGAUGGUAGUGAUAAGAAGUGUUCAUAUACUUGUUCAUGUUGUCCUACUAUAUCGAAUUGGUGUGUUAAAGAUGCUUUUGGUAUAAUAUGUUGUUUUGUAACUUGGUCUCUAUUUUUAUAUGGACAAUUUGUUGUUGUUAUUAUUAUUUAUAUGUCAAAAACUUAUUCAUUAUUGAAUUUUAUUAAUUUAUUUUCGAUGCAUUUUCUUGCAUUUCUUGCUUUAUCUUCAUAUUGUCGGGCAAUGUUUUCGAAUCCGGGUGCUAUACCAUUGAAUAAUGCAACAUCGGAAAAGUUACAUAAAGUCUGUAAACGAUGUAUAAAACGAAUGGAUCAUCAUUGUAUAUUUGUUAAUAAUUGUGUUGGACAAAAUAAUCAAAAAUAUUUUAUUUUAUUUACGUUUUAUACAUGUGUUGUAUCAAUCUAUGCAUUGAUUUUUCUAUAUUUUCAUCUGACUACUUGUAUCACAUCAAACUGGACUGCAUGUCCUGCUUGGUCACCACCGGUUACACUAUUCUUUACUAUAAUUCUUGCAUUAGAAGCAUUUUGUUUUUCAAUAUUUACUGCUAUUAUGACUGGUAUACAAUUCGUGUGCAUUUAUACUGAUACGACUGGAGUUGAAUUUUUUCGUGGAAGAUCAAAAUCUAAUUUAAAACGGAAUUCAUUUCUUUCGUCAUUAAAAAUUGUUUUUGGUGCACAAAUUGGUUUAACAUGGUUAAAUCCAUAUUCUAAACCAACUGGUUUCCUUACUCAAAAUGAUGAACAAAUUUCAUUUGAUACUUAG